AUGGAUCCUUUCGAUAAAUUACCCACAGAAUUGCGCCUCAGCAUCCUUAUUCACACUCGCUCCAAACGGACUGUUUCCUCUCUCACUCGAGCCUCUCCUGCGAUGCUUCGGCAAUAUCACACACAUGAAAGAUACAUCGCCCGAAGCUUGAUCGCCGCUGACUUUGACGACGAGAUGGUUCAGGAUGCCAUGGCAAUCCUAUUCAUUCAGAACUCCUGCACAUCUUCCUUGCGUAAGCACAUCCUGGAUUGGUCAAAACAUCGGCUGCCAAACCCCCUCAAAGAUCACAAUAAUCAGCGGUUCAGUCAGCUAUUCGAUCAGCUGAACACGCUACACAGUCGACUCCUGUUCUUCAUCGAGGAUUAUGUCACUAAGGCUACUUCAUCCUAUCCUCCGAGGGAUUAUCUUUGUCUUCCACAGACACCAGAGUCAAAGCUGCCAACGACCGAAGGACAUCUCAUGUUUAAUGGGCAGAAAAUAACGGCCAGAUUCAAUGUAUCUAACCUCAAAGACACAGAGACACAUAGGUUCUUGAAGGCAUUCUUACUCUAUGAGCUGAAUUGCAAGGUCAAGACCUCUUUGGCCGCGAUCCGGCCCAGGCUCCCUCAGCGAGAACUUGACACCGCCGAACAUGAGGCUAUCAAGUGUGUCAAUACCUACGUCUGCUCUCUUUACUGCGCCAUGUUUGCCCAAUGCGGCAAUGCAUGGCUCCCAGAUGCUUCUACUUCGCUUCAAACUGGGCUACUGUUUCCAGAUACUUUCUAUAUCAACCCCGAGAUGUAUGCCUCUGAUAUGGGACAGCUCGAACGAGUUAGAGCGGGCUAUGAUAUAAAGAAUGAAAACAAGGUCGAAAGUAGCUUUGCUCGAUUUGGACUUGGUCCCCUAAUGGAGUUUCUCAGUCAUGACAUGUCCGAUGUACGCGACAAGCAAGCCUUGAAAGAGCGUCUUAGAACCUGGUAUAUACAGAAUUACGAGUACUCUUACAAACCUGGCAUACUUUAUUCCACGGAAAGGAUCACUAGCCGCGCGUCGCCAAUCUACAGCCAGCUUUCCUCUGAGGUCGACACAGAGCUCCAACUCAACAUCUUUCGUCAACGAGCCUGGGCGUUCUUCGAUGAUCGCCGGUUGUACCCCAAGGGCAGUACCGGAAGGCCAAAUUUUCCAACACAGAGCUUUCUUGAUAAACAGCCUAGUAAGCAGGCUUGGGUUGAAGGUUGGUUUGACAAUCCAAGCCAAGCCAGAGCUUUACGGCGCUCACAACGUUGGCAUGAUGAGUUGUGUGCUGGCUCAGAUUCUGAGGAUGCAGCAAGGAUCCAAUGGCUAUCUCAUUGA